AUGUCUUAUACCAUCCAGUUCACUAUGCGCACCGUCAUCGUCAUCAAGAGCCGGGCCUUCGGCGUCAACAACGCCGACUUGCACAUACACAGGGGCGACUGGGCCAAGGGCAUGCCCAUGAUGGGCAUUGAUGCAGAAUCUGAAACGCUGCCAAUGGAUAGCGCCCGCCGAUCCGUGGUGCGACGCGCGCGCAUGGGAAGACAGUGCUACAGCUCGCUAUCUAGAAGGAAGAUGGGGAUGCGAGAAGUGCCGCAAGAGAGUCCAGAUGCAGCGGAGGGUGACCAGGAGAAAGCGGGACAAGGUACUGGAGCUAGUCAAAGACAGCACGGUCGUCAGUUAGUUGAAGAUGGUCAAGAGGGGAAGCCGAUGCCAAACAGUGUAAAAUUCAGCUUCGUCAGCGACUUUAUACUCGGCGAGGAGGACUUCCCAGUCGGCAAUAUCCUGGGUGACAUCCUUAGAAAGAUUAUUGAGUGCAAGUUCGAGGCGCUGGCCAAGUCUGCGAGGGAUGAGAAUGCGAAUGCGCACAAGGCUAUGGAGGCAUACCAAUACAAUGGCGGAAAGAUGGCAGCGCUAAUAGACUAA